AUGAAGCUCCUUGCUGCAGGUCUUUUGGGCAUCGCCCUCGCUAAAGGUCAUGGCGAUCAUGAGGACUCCGGUUACCAUGAUUCCACUGAACCCGAGGCCGAGGCAGAGCCAGAGCCUGAACCAGAGUACGGCUACGAACCAAAUACGGUUGAUAACCUUUGCGAAAACGGCCAGCACCAGUCCCCGAUUGACCUAGCUUUUGUCCACCCUCAAUUCCAUAUGCACGAGACGAAACAUGCGGGCAAGUCUAACAGCACAGAUGGAUAUGGCGAGGAAUUCAAAUGGCACUUCGAGUCAGACGGUCAUUCAAUCAACCUUUUCCUCGAAGAUGAGGACGCUGAAAAACUUCAACUGCACGAGGAAGAUGCCAGCUAUACUUUUCAUCAUAUCACUUUUCGAUGGGGAGACUUUGACCAAGGCGGAUCAGAGCACACCGUCAACCAUCAGCAUGCUUUCGGAGAACUUCAGGCGUGGCAUAGAAUGAGCAAUCUUACCGACGAGGAAGCUCUCGACAAUCUCAACGGUUUCCGCGUCGUGAGCGCUUUCGUCGAGCUCUGCGAAGUCGACUCGUCUCCCGUCUUCAACGAAAUCUCACAACGGCUAAGAAGCAAAUCCAAGAACGAGAAAGAAGAUGGCAAACUCGACAAGUUUCAUUUCAGCUACAACGAUUUCUUCCAUGCUACUGGAGUCGACCCAGGAGCAUUCUACUACUACCACGGAUCUCAUACUCAUCCCGAGAACAACGCCUGCUCCGAAUCCGUCGGAUGGGUCAUCAUGCAGGAUGCGAUCCGCAUAACCAAGAACACUGCGAAAAACAUCAUGAAAAUGUCGAAAGAUGAAGAUGGCGAGUACAUCAAGCACAACAACCGACGCACUCAGCCCUGGUACGAUCGAGACGUUCAUCACUUUUCCUACAACCCACAGGCGUCAAAAAUGAUCAUGCACAAUCGCCGCCAAUUCGACAUGGCACGACACAACAUGCACAUGAAAAUGAUGCAUAUGCACGAAGAAAUCGACAAGCUCAAGGGUAAAAUGAAAGAGCAUCGACAAGGAUCCGGCAAGGCUACUACUGGCAAGCCCAAAUCUGGAAUGAGCAAGAAUGGCAAGAAAUCUCCAAAAUCUCGACGAUAA